CCUACAGGAAAUGCUGAAUUUGGAUACAAGGAAACGGAAAGGGGGGGUGGGUUGAUUGGACCUUGAUUUCGGUGGUUCGGACUACGGACGGAGGAAAGGCGUCCGGACGAUCAUCUUUUGAGAUCCACCGUGAGAACAUAAGCUUCUCUCGCACGGGAAGAAACCUCCGCGAACAGGAUAAAAAUUCGCAUUCGUGGCGUCGUCGAGAUAUGCUCGCUGGAUGCCAAGGACGGGAAAUCAAAACCUAGAAAUUCCAGGAAUUUCCCGGAAAAUUCGAACUAACUUUCCGUCCUUCCCCUUCAAUUCACGGUGCCCGUCGUCUAGAUUGCGAAGGAUUUCGUUCACCCUCCCACUCGUAAAUCCGAAGAACUCGACAUCUUCUCACCGUCUUUCCGUCCGAUUUCGCACGUUUCUUCGCUUUCCUUAGCGGGGUUGUCUUUCCCUCGUUAUUCUCUCUCUGGUUAAGGAUUGGAUUCCGCCUGUGUUGGUUUGCGUUGGGGAGGAGAACUUGGGGUGUCGGAGCGGCCGCAGGGGGAGAUGGACCCCGAGCAGACGUACCUCCGCGUCCACGCUCGGCUGUCCGGGAUGCUGUCGCAGUUGCUUACUCCUCGCAUCAGGACCGCGUUGGAGUAUGCCUAUCUUGUCAUUGCAAUAGCCUUGUUCUGCCUGUUGGUGGUCAUGCACACCAAUUUCGUCGCGCAGCCUGGUUGCUCGAGUGAAUUCUCUGGAAGCGAUAUAACAGAAGCACAUCUUGUACAGAUUAAGAUAACAAGUGCUGGAUUAUGGUCCCAGAAAACAUAUGCUGACACGCCAAGGGACAAUAUUGAGCGAAGUUCAAUGGACAAUUUUCAGAUUCUAGAUGUUGAUACAGGUGGUUUUAUGUCUUCAUCGGCUAAAUUUUGGCUAGGUUGGCUUGGGGCAGGAGCUAGGAAGGGUAAGGGCUUAUUGAAGUCUUGGAGGCACGAUGUUUUUGAGCUACAAACCGAAAAUGCAGCAGACAGUAGUGGUUCGAGGUCCUUAUCAGAUGGGGCAGAAAUGAAGGUCAUUCCAGAGGCUGCACAUGUUGGUAUGUCUCCAAAAGAGUCAUUUAGAGCUGCCGUUAUUCAUUUUUGGAGGAAGUGGCAUGGGCAUUGCUCUUCGUUGUGGACAAAGACAAAGUACAUAUGCAUCAACGUUGAUCAAUUAUGGAAAAAGGCUGAAUGGAAGAUGCUUCUGGAUGUUCCAAGAUGGUUUCGUACAUUGCACUUCAAAAGACCUGAUAUCUUAAUAGUGCAAUGGCUUGAAAAUCGAAGCAAGACAUUUGAACCAACUUAUUUGUAUUCAGUUGAAAAGGGUUAUUUUAUGCUUCCUGAAGGAGCAAAAUCCAGGCAUAAUGUACGUACUGUCAAUGUCAGCAUAUCUGCACAGAAUUCUUGCUUUGGGAACAGAUGGCAACAGCUUCUCAUCAACAGCUUUGUUGGGUAUGACACAAUCUUGAUGAAUAGCCUCUUAAGUGCUCCUGGCCAAGAUCAACAAGAUGCAACUCUUGAAAGAAGUGGCAGAGCCCCUGAGAAGAGUUAUUUAUACAACUUUCAAACUAAAGAAUUUUAUGAUCUCAGCUAUUCUCACGAUUCAGCUGAAGUUGUUGCUAAAUUCGAAGAUUAUCUUGUAGCAAAAUGUGGGGUGCUUAUAAUGUCACUAUUUGUUUUCUUCACGACAACAAUGUCGGUGUCAUUCACUCUCAGAGAAACACAGUCACGCAUGCUGAAGUUUACAGUACAGCUUCAGCAUCAUGCACGGCAUCGACUUCCCACUUUCCAACUGAUCUUUGUUCAUGUUAUUGAGUCUCUUGUAUUUGUGCCGAUUAUGAUAGGAAUCCUGUUUUUCCUCUUCGAAUUCUAUGAUGAUCAAUUGCUUGCUUUCAUGGUCUUAACUCUUGUUUGGUUGUGCGAGUUAUUUACCAUGAUCAGUGUUCGCACUCCAAUAUCCAUGCAGUACUUUCCCCGCUUCUUCCUCCUCUACUUCUUGGUGUUUCACAUAUAUUUUUUCUCAUAUGCCUAUGGUUUUUCUUAUUUGGCAUUUGCAACGACGGCAGCAUUUAUGCAGCAUUUGGUUCUAUACUUUUGGAACCGAUUUGAGGUGCCAGCUUUGCAGAGGUUUAUGAGACACCGAAUGCAGUUGCAACAACAGGGAGGUGUCCAUAUAACGUCAUCUACCAUUCUCACAUCCACACUUCACAUCGCUAGAUUAAAUACAAGAACUCCAAGCCCUCCUACUGACCAUGCAACACAGCAUGCAGGAGAUGUGCACACAGUGACAGCUGCAGGUGCAGAAGUUGCACAUCCUGCAGAUGGUUCAUCGGCAGAAAACCAAGGCGCUGGAGGACCUCUCUUGCAACCCCUUGGAUCUGGCAAUCAAGUGGAGAGCGUUCAGAACACAAACUCCUUAAACUCGUUUGCUUCACUACUAUUGUGGGCUUUGGGUGGCGGUUCAUCCGAUGGCCUAGUCUCUUUCCUUUCCAUGUUCAGGGAUAUGAGAGAACAGGGCCAGGCGUAUGCUCAAACCCCUCGGGGUCAAGAAAACAACCAACCACCUCAGAAUUCUUGGUGGAGAAGAUUUUGAAGUUAGAGAAGCAAGUAGUACUGGGUGUUUUUUCUGUCUGGCUACAUGCAGUAAUCGGGGUUCUGUAACCAUUAUGGAGUUAAAUGUAAACAUGACAGAGGCAAAAUAGUUUCUGUAAAUGUAUCAUUUGCUAAUCACACGAUUGCAUUGGAUGUACUAAACGUAUAUUUUAUGCAAAAUGUAUAAAAAUACGUUUGAAGGAAUGGCUAGUGAAUCUUCACCUUUGUACAUCAGGAAUACUUGUGUAAUACUCGUGCUAUCGGACGGUCUAUAUCAUAUUAAAUUACCUCUC